UUUCAGUACGACACUUCCUGGUGUGGCCCAUGUUCCUUUCCUGACACCCGCCGUCGUUCAGGAGCGGAGACCGUUGAUAGUUGCAGUUAUGUCGGCAGCUGCUUCGGGAACCAGCAAGGCGGCCCACGGCGAUGUGGCUGCGAAGAGAAAGAAGGGACCCGGUGCCCUGGCCACGGCAUAUCUCGUCAUUUACAACGUUGUUAUGACAGCGGGGUGGCUGGUGAUAGCUGUGGGUUUGGUUCGAGCUUACCUGGCCAGAGGAAGCUACCAUGGGCUGUAUUACUCCAUAGAGAAACCUCUGAAGUUCUUUCAGACUGGAGCUGUUCUCGAGAUACUGCACUGUGCUGUAGGAAUCGUACCAUCCUCUGUGGUCCUGACUGGAUUCCAGGUCAUGUCCCGGGUCUUCCUCACGUGGGCUGUCACGCACAGUGUCAGAGAGGUUCAAAGUGAGGACAGUGUACUGCUGUUUGUCACAGCCUGGACUGUCACAGAGAUUAUCCGCUACUCCUUCUACACCUUCAGCCUGCUCAAUCACCUGCCAUACCUCAUCAAAUGGGCUAGGUACACCUUCUUCAUCGUGUUGUAUCCCAUGGGAGUGACUGGGGAACUGCUGACUAUCUAUGCAGCGCUGCCAUACGUGCAGAAGACAGGCCUGUACUCUGUUACCUUACCCAACAAGUACAACUUCUCUUUCGACUACUACACCUUCCUCAUCCUCAUCAUGAUUUCCUACAUUCCCCUCUUUCCCCAGCUCUACUUCCACAUGAUCCGGCAGAGGAAGAAGGUGCUGGGUCACAUAGAGGACUACGGCAAAGUGGAGUGAGCCCAGCGGCAUUCAGCAAGAUUCAAACGAGGGGGGAGAAAAUGAAAAAAGAAACCAAAACAUCAAAUAAACGAGGAACAAAAUUACGCUUAUUGGAAACCCGACCAGGUUUAAACUGCCAGAACUGACCUGGCAGACGGUCCAAUUAUCAAGUAACUUUCUUUAAUACAGCCGUUGUUUUGGUUGUACACAAAGAACUGGUGUUAUCUUUUUGUUUUGUUUUUUCUCUUUUAUAUUAUUCAUGAACAAACUUACAGAUUAUUCAUUAUUAUUUUGUUUAGUCAGAGAGCUUGCAGCUGUGAAGGAUCUGUAUUUUGACUUGGGUACAGUCGAGCGGCUGUCUGAGCAGUGAGCAGAGCUCCAUCACGUAAAGCUUGAUUCGAAUUAUACAGUGAUAUAAUUCAUACCUCUCCCCGCUUCCCUUCCCCUCUUUUUAAAUGAAACUUAAAAAAAAAAAGUAGAGUAGAUUUGUUGCCUCCCCACGACUCGUUUUUUGGUUUCUUUUAAGACGCUUUGCUUUAGAAAGAACGAUGUGAAGUCUAAUACUGAAAAUUGGUGUCUGUAGGAUUUGCAGGUACAGUGUUCGUUGCUGCAAACUGUGGUCCAGAUGUUUGUGUUCUGUCAUUUAUUUUAUUUAAAGGUUUGAUUACAUUCCUGAUUUAGUUCAAUAAACCUUUCAUUCCAUGCUUGCAUGCUUGGGUUUUCCUGUCCAUUUUAUUCCUCUCAGCCGUUGUUUGCUUGUUUGUGGUUGUGGAGUCUGCCUCAGCUUAGUUUAUGUUUACUCUCUAAAAGCUUUAAAAGUUUCCUGGCUUUUCAAGUGAUGACUGUGAGCCGUGUCCUUUGAUUUCUUCAUUGUUUGAUGUCCAGGUGGUUCAGACACUAAUUCCUGUGACUAGACAAGUCCCGUUUUUGUUUUUUUUCCUGUGCACAUCCAUCAUUUUUCUGCCUUUUGUUUCUUUAAUCUGUUGGAUGUUUAUAGCAUUGUUAGCUUCAUUUAAAUUAUACUUUAAGCGUCAAGAUUAAAGCAUUCCUGCUCCUUUAAGCUCCUAGUGUGUACCCCACCUCUUACAAACACAGUCCGUGUGUCUUAAAGGGGAUGUUUUAAAAAGAAAACACUUACAAAGAAGUUAUUUUGGCAUAAGAUACGGGACACUUAAGCAAAAAAUAAAAAGAGCAGAUAGCACAAUCUGUAGUAGCAACAGUGUUUUGGGAUGAAAUAAGCUUUGAUAAUGUAAAACUACAUUGUAGCCUAAAUAUGUGUUGGAGUUUUCACUUUUAUUUAAAAAAAUCCAGAUUGGGGUCUGUGUAGUUUGGUAAAUACGCUUGGUGGUUAUUAUUUAUGUAGAGGAUUGUAAACUAAAGUACUUUUCAUAUGUGACAGCUACAUGGCAUUACAGGAGUAAUGAUUUUCUCCUGUGGGUUUUUUUUUGUUUUUUUUUUUUUUGGACACAACGUUACAUUUGAGCAUUAUGAUCCUGAAUGCUUGAUAUUUUCGUUGGACUCAGGUGACUCCGUAACACCAGGCUCGAGAUUACCUUUGAGUUAAAACAUAAUGCUUGCAGUAACUGCCUUUAAGCACCUCAUCAGCAAAGCAGUAUCAGCAAAAAAGAAAUAAGUAUUUAAAUAAAAACUUCUUUUUUGUCAUAUCUCUGGUGAUAACUAGCCAUGCACAGAUUUGUUGGUUUCACAGUAUCUGAGAUUUCUGCCUCCAUCACAGUGCAUUAGAGGUACUUUGGAGUUUUGUUGUGGUUCCCAGAGAAAUGUCACAGAAGCAAAAAAAAAAAAAA